ACCGGACUCGCCGGAGGAAGAGGAUAGUGGGAGGAAGUGUCUCCCCACCCGGUGCCUGGCCCUGGCUCCUGGCUCUCAGGUCCCUGAUAGGGGCUCACGCGUGCUCCGGGGCUCUCAUUGCCCAGCGCUGGGUGGUGACCGCUGCUCACUGCUUUAAACAGUUUGCGUCCCCUGGACUGUGGAGGAUGCGGGUGGGUGAAUACAAUCUCCUGACAUCGGACGAGAACGAACGAGACAUCGAAAUAGCGAAUAUUUUCAUUUACCCUGGGUACAGGUCUCGCGCGCCUGGGGAUGACAACUCGACUACCACCUUAUACGCUCGUUAUAAACAUGACUUGGCCCUCGUACAACUGGCGGAAGAUGCGCGGGUGGAGCCCAUCUGCCUGCCUGCUGGCGAGGCUGCCAGAGUUCAAAACUCAACUGAUAGCAGUGACCAGGACUCACAGUUCCGCAUGACUGUCCUGGAGCACAGCGGCGAAUGCUGGGUAGCUGGCUGGGGAUUCACCCGGGACGCGACACACGACACACAGGUGCUCAGACAGGUGGACGGAGUCCUUGUGGACAGCGAGGAGUGCGGCGACAUGUGGGGCACUGAGCUGGAGCCAGACAUGAUCUGCUUUGGGGACGGCACCCGGGGUCACUGCGCUGGUGACUCUGGUGGACCCCUUUCUUGCUGGCUGGACGGGCGUUGGUAUCUCGGCGGGGUGGUCUCUUGGGGUACUGAAGACUGCAACAUCACCGGGUACCCGAGUGUCUUCACCCGCAUGGCGCCUUUCAUGAACUGGGUGUACAGGACCAUUCAACAGCAGGAACAGCAGCAAUAGUAGCAACUGUAGGAGCUGUAACAGCAACGACGAAUAAAAGCACAGUUACUAGUAGAGAUGAACAUGUGUUUACACAACAACGAUGGCGACAAGGCUCAGUGGAGACGAGGUCUGCUACCUUGCCAAUGAAACCCUCGCGUCUUGAUUAUUAUAACCACAAUCGUAUUUAGCAAGUACACUGAAAGGAAUAAAGGAAAUAUUACUCUAAAUGAGCAUGGAACG